CCUUCUCCCUUAACCUUCAAUCUCCUUCUGCUCUCUCUCUCUUUCAUAAGUUUUUUCUCUCUCUCUCUAGAACUGUAGAGAGAGAAAAAACCUCCAUUUUUCUUUCUCUCCUUCGCUUCAUAAACCCCACAUUACUCAAAACAAAGCAAAAACCUCACUGUAACAAUCCAGAGAGAGAGAGAGAGAGCCAAAAUGGAUGGUGUUACACCGAAGUUUGUGUUGCCGGAGACAUUCGACGGCGUGAAGAUGGAGAUCACAGGCCAACUAGGCAUGAUCUGGGAGCUUGUUAAGGCCCCGGUGAUUGUCCCUCUUCUUCAGCUAGCGGUUUACAUCUGCUUGCUAAUGUCUCUCAUGCUGUUAUGUGAGAGGGUUUACAUGGGAAUCGUCAUCGUCCUCGUCAAGCUCUUCUGGAAAAAACCUCACAAACGCUACAAGUUCGAGCCCAUUCAAGAUGAUGAAGAGCUUGGAAGCUCUAACUUCCCUGUGGUCCUCGUCCAAAUCCCCAUGUUCAACGAACGAGAGGUUUACAAGCUAUCAAUAGGAGCGGCGAGUGGACUAUCGUGGCCGUCCGAUCGUCUCGUGAUUCAAGUGUUGGAUGACUCAACAGAUCCUACUGUUAAGCAAAUGGUGGAGAUGGAGUGUCAAAGAUGGGCAAGUAAAGGAAUCAAUAUAAGGUAUCAAAUCAGGGAGAAUAGAGUUGGGUACAAGGCCGGUGCGUUGAAGGAAGGACUCAAACGCAGUUAUGUCAAACAUUGCGAGUAUGUUGUUAUCUUCGACGCUGAUUUUCAGCCUGAACCUGAUUUUCUUCGCCGUAGCAUCCCAUUUCUCGUCCACAAUCCCAACAUUGCCCUCGUACAGGCUCGAUGGAGAUUCGUGAAUUCUGAUGAAUGUUUAUUGACAAGGAUGCAAGAAAUGUCGCUGGACUACCAUUUCACUGUUGAGCAAGAAGUCGGUUCAUCAACACAUGCUUUCUUCGGCUUCAACGGAACCGCCGGAAUAUGGAGAAUAGCGGCGAUAAAUGAAGCCGGCGGGUGGAAAGAUAGGACCACCGUGGAAGACAUGGACCUCGCUGUCCGAGCAAGUCUCCGUGGCUGGAAAUUUCUCUACCUCGGUGACCUUCAGGUGAAAAGUGAGCUACCAAGUACUUUUAGAGCCUUCCGUUUCCAGCAACAUAGAUGGUCUUGUGGACCUGCAAAUCUCUUUAGGAAAAUGGUUAUGGAGAUCAUUAGAAACAAGAAAGUGAGGUUCUGGAAGAAAGUGUAUGUGAUCUACAGCUUCUUCUUUGUGAGGAAAGUCAUUGCACAUUGGGUCACAUUUUGUUUCUACUGCGUUGUUCUUCCUCUGACCAUUCUUGUCCCUGAAGUUAAAGUUCCAAUUUGGGGUUCCGUUUACAUCCCUUCCAUCAUCACUGUCCUCAACUCCGUGGGCACUCCCAGGUCGAUUCAUCUGCUGUUCUAUUGGAUCCUAUUUGAGAAUGUGAUGUCGCUGCACCGGACAAAGGCCACUCUCAUUGGUCUGUUUGAGGCAGGUAGAGCUAACGAAUGGGUCGUGACUGCUAAGCUUGGAAGCGGUCAAAGCGCUAAAGGGAAUACAAAAGGGCUUAAAAAGUUCCCAAGAAUCUUCAAACUGCCUGAUCGAUUGAAUACAUUGGAGCUUGGAUUUGCGGCGUUCUUGUUCGUGUGUGGAUGCUAUGACUAUGCUCACGGGAAGAACAAUUACUUCAUCUACUUGUUUCUUCAGACCAUGUCAUUCUUCAUCAGUGGGCUUGGCUGGAUUGGGACAUAUGUCCCGAGUUAGUAGUCAUGUUUUCUAUAUUUCAGGGGAAAAAGAGAGGGAUGUUACUAAUUUUCUGCAAAAAUAAAAAACACAAAUUUUUAUGGAAAAUUACAAGGAAAGUUGAUAGGGAAAAUGGUUUGAGAAGAAGAUAGAGAGAGAGACUUAGGAGGAGAGAGAGAGGCUCGAAGGGUUCUUUGGAUUUAAUUACAUGUCUGCCUUUCUAAAUAUUCAGCAUUUGGAUUUGUGAUUCGGUAAUUGUGAGAUUUCAAUCUUUCUUCUUGUUUUUUGGAAGUGUUUUUAGUUUUGUUCUUAUGAUUUUUAAUCAAGAUUUCGUGUGAGUUAUUGGAUUGGUGCAAAGGUAAUCAAUUAUUGCACUUUUUCCU